AGGGAACCCUUCAGCUCACCUCAAAUUGAGUGGCUUCUCAUAUAUAAUUUGUUGUCCCGACUGGGUGUGGUAAGAGAUGAAUGACGAUGGAAAAGGCUGUCUUGUACAACGAAUGUCUGUGGAUCCCCUGCUAUAAUCUUUGGCUUCUCAAGGCUCAGAAUAAGUAUGACAACGCGCAGAGGAUUUCUAGUAGUAAUGAAGUCGUUAACAUUGUCUUGUAAUCCGAUCAGUGCUGCAAUUUCUGUUCUGGGGCUGGGUGGCGUGAUCUCACGACGGGAUAUCUAAUUGGGCUGAGGUUAUUUGGCAAGAAGCCCACUACCAACAGAAUGAGAAUAUUUCCUUGUGUUCUAAUUUGUUUGACCAUUAAUGUGAUGCACUUACAUUGACAAGGAAAUUGGACAUUUAAAUUGCUCUUGUGCAUUGUUACGGUACGAACUGAAAAGAAAUCGAGAUGAAAAUACCAUCGAGGGAAUCAGUUUUGCAGUAAUUUUUGAAGCUUUUGCACAGGUGUCUGGGUACUUAACGGCAGUUCUGAGCUGAUACUGACUUUGGGAGGAAAAAUUUGUUCGUGUUAUUCCCUUGAAACAUAUCCUUUGGAAUGGAGAAUGAUCCUUCGUUAUUUCUUGCAGGAUUCAGGUCUUCCAUCCACUUCAAGUGACAGAGUGUUCGUAUUUUGAUGAGAUGGUAUUGUGGGAGUAGAAUGGAUGAUCUAGCCUUGCUGGACCUGCUGGAAUGCCCUGUAUGCUUUGAAAGGCUAGAUGCUACUGCUAAAGUAUUGCCAUGCCAGCACACAUUUUGUAAACCGUGUCUACAGAGAAUAUUUAAUGCCAGAAAAGAGCUUCUCUGCCCAGAAUGCAGGACUCCAGUGACAUGCGGCAUUGAAGAGCUGCCAAUCAACUUGUUGUUGGUUCGCCUGCUGGAUGGCAUUAAGUAUGGGCAGAGCAAUGUCAGGAUCACUCCUGAUCGAUUGUCUCAGGCGCCCUCAAAUCAGGAACAAAGAAGCACAGAUACAAGAAGUUUGCAAGCUAGUGUGGUGAACACAGCCAAGAGCCCCAUAGAGAAGGUACCAUGUGCGAGAGCAUUGUACACGUAUGGAGGCCAGAAGCCAGGAGACCUCAGCUUUAAAAAGGGUGACGUCAUCCUUCUACGUAGGCAAGUGGAUGAGAAUUGGUAUUAUGGCGAAAUCAAUGGAGUUUGCGGAAUUUUCCCUCUCAAUUUUGUUCAGGUUAUCCAUCAUUUACCUCAGCCCCCACCACUUUGCAAAGCUCUUUAUGACUUUAACCUGAAAGAAAAAGACAAGGAAGCCAACAAGGAUCUCCUGCCAUUCCUCAAGAAUGAUAUUCUAAAAGUGAUCCGGAGAGUUGAUGAAAACUGGGUGGAGGGCAAACUAGGAGACAAAGUAGGAAUAUUACCCAUUUCAUUUGUUGAGAUGAACUCAACAGCAAAGCAGUUAUUAGCAACCAAAAGGUCAGAUGUGAAAGAUGGCAAAUGCCAAAGCAGUGCAGCAUUGGCUAAUUCUAGCACAACGUUCAAACGCACAGAGACAGGGAGGGUGGCUGUUAAAGAGACACGCCACACAAGUACGAUGAAUAUGGUAAACAGAUUCUCCCACCCAUCUCCAUCCCACCAGCCAUUGCAAAUCAGUUCACCGGUGCUGAUUAGCUCCAGUAACCCAGCAGUCGUAGCCCAGCUUGCAGAAAGAAGGAGUCCAUCCAGUCCCACCAGCAAGAUUAAACAUAAUCCUUCUGAAGCUGGUGUGGCCAGUUCAGGUAUUAAUGAUGCCAAUUCAUCGUUUAAUACUGAAAUUCUACGUUCAAAACCACAAGUACCUGUAUCAGAAGAAGCACAGGCACGGACCGGGGAUGCGUUUCACGUUUAUGGGAUGUCGUCAGAUGGCUGGAUCAGAGGGAUGUCAAUGCAAAUGAACAAAGCUGAGAGCCUGACCAAUAGUUACAAUGAAUCGGGUAGGAGGAACACUUGUGGACUCCCCGAUCAGAGAGCUUCUGAUGGUUUGUCAGUAUCGGCAAAUGCUCAAGAAAGAGGAACUAAAGGUGAGGCCAGUAUGAACUUGCAGGCAAGCCCCAGCGGCAGGCAUGUGGCUGUGACAUCACCACCUGUUCCGUCAGGGGCGACAAUAGCAAGACGUAUCUCUGGGUCUAGUUACAGGGUAAAUGUACAUCGGCCAAUACUUGCAGUUCCUCCCGUCCAGUCUCAAAGCACAAGUAGCCGAUGUGUUCCAGCUGUUGUCAUUCAAGCACAACCUUUUGCAUCGCAUCAGUUUCUGCACCCUGUCACUAUCCAUGCUGCCCAUUCCAAUGGACUUGUCGGGACAAGCCGAUCUAACCUGUCCACCAGGCCCAUUGCCAACACUGCCCCGAUAAUGCGUCAUGGCGGGAAACCAUCAGCAAUGCAAGAUGGUGAAGCUUCCAAUUGUACAAUUGUGGAGCAGGGAUGUGUACCAAUGUCCGAUCCUACACCAGCGCACUGCAAGUUUGAGGACAGAAGUACUGUAAACAAGGCUCAGACCAGUCUCGGAACUUUUCUACCUCACUGUGCUGCGUCUUCUACAAGGCCUAAAUUCCAGCUCACCUCAGUGUGCAGCCCAACUCCAAUUUCGGCAAAGCCAGAGCAGGGCGCUACACAAUCAGUUUUACAGGAAACCAGCAGCCCUCCUGUCCCUGUUAUCUCCCACAACAGAGCUGGUUCAUGCCCAAUAGGAAGUGAAGAAGAGGUCCAGACGUCCCACAGAAAGACAGGCUCCUGGGAUUCUUGUUAUCGCUGCACUCCUCCAUCACCACUGCACAGCCCAGUUUCUGAAGGAUGUCUAAAGACCUUGCCAAACCGUUCAAUGUGCUUCAAUAGAUGCCGGGCAGUACUUUCAUAUCCAGCCCAAGGUGAUGCUGAGCUUGGCCUGGAGCAAGGUGACAUUGUACUGGUGCACAGGAAACACCAGGAUGGCUGGUUCCAGGGAACACACACAGAGAGUGGGAAGACUGGCCUUUUUCCAGGAAGCUUUGUCGAAAGUUUACAGUGAGACUGAAAUCUAAAAUUAGAUUGAAGAUGAGAAAUGGCAAUUACUUCCCAUUAAGCUUUGUCUAUUGAAUAAUGUGUGUAAUAUCCCAUCUGUGGUAAUGUUAUCAAUAUGAACUUUCACCCAUACUGCACUUAAAAGUUUGGUAGUAGUCCAAAGCAUUUCUACCUUUGUGAGUAGUUUGGAAGUGAAACAACCUGAAUUAUUGUCUGAUAAUGCACAGGACGUCAUAGCAAAGUUUACAAGGAACUCUCCCACCCACAUUGCCUCUCAAAUAGUGCCCUUCAAUCAGAAUAUGCCAAUUCUUAAGUGACACAGCUGAGUUCAGCUAAAUAUAUUAGACAAGACACACUAAUCCAGUCAGAUGGUCAAUCUAUAUAGAGCAGGUCAAAGCCAGAUAGUAAAAUAAUCCUCUUAUAUGGUUCAAUCUGGAAGAUCUGCAUAAAGUACUGGAUAGCUACAAGCGAGUGAUGAAAACGUAUCUAGAUAAACUAAGCUCACGGUGUUCUGUUGGAUUGUUACCAAAAAGGAUGUGAUGCAGCUGUGAUUACAGGGAACAGAGGUGGGAGUGACAUCAAUGACAAUGUUUUAGAAGAAAUGCAGCCUUUUAUACUUUGGCGUUAGAGUUUAAUUUUGGUCAUUUUUCGGUUGCACUAUUUUUGGUAAUGUUCCAUCAAAAACAGUUACACUAAAUAUAUUAACUUUACCCAACUAAUUGGAUUGACCAUUUCAGUCAAAAUAGAUGAGCAGCAAAUAGAUUAUUAUCUCCAUUGCUUCGGAAGAAACCCAGAAAUGAUAAUCGGAGGGCAUUAAAAGUAAAAUUAGCUCUUGAAAUAUGGAUUUUAGGCAUUUUUGGUGUUAAAAUAAAUAAUCAUUUCAAAUUGUACGUUGAUGGGGACAAUUACACAUUUAGGCUGAAAACAUACUAAGAUUAAUCAUGUUUCAUUUUAACUCAGUCGAUAUGAUGUGUGGGAUUUUUUUUCUAAUUUCCUUUGCCCUCUUUCAUAGUGUUUCAAACCCUGCCAGGAUGGAUGGUUAUAUUUUUCACUGCUUUCUAAUGAUACUCAGACAAGUGGAAGUUAUGUCAUCCAUUGUACUUUGCACUGUUUGUGUCAUAACCAUGUUUGAUGUUAGGUAUGUCUGAAAAAUCCUGGAAGCGAAUUUGCUAUGGCGAUGUGGGAGGCCACUUAACACUUUCAAACCAGUGCAAUUUAUCUCAAAUUGAACAAGUGCACAGGUCCAGUUUUGAAAUUAAAAUAGGUUCUUUUGCUGACAGCAAUUGAUCCUAGUUGACAAACUGAUCUACAGGAAGCACGCAGUCUACAGUCUAUGGCAUCCCUCCUCCCUCUUUCAGGCAGACACUACUGCGUUGACCAGAGACUUUUAAAUAGACGUCAGAAUUCUUUUUUAGAAUCAUCAAAGGAUUGGAAACAAAUGACUGUGGAAAGCACUGGUAUUUAUUGACAUUCCCCCAGCGGACCUUAGAAGAUGCUGUUGAGCUGACUUCUCAAACCUCUGUAGUCCUUAUGAUGAUAGUGCUCCGUAAUGGUGUUAAGCAGACAAUUCUUAGAUAUUGAUCCAGUUACAAAGAAGAAACAAGAUAUGUUUAAUCUCAGAGUGGUUUGUGGAUGGAAGAUAAUUGUGUUCCCUCAACAUUGUUUUGCUUGUUCUUCUUGGGAGUACAUGUUGUAGGGGUGAUGAUUUGUUGCACCUUGGUACUUUGGCAGAGUUCAUGCUGUACCCAAAGUUUGGUAGUGGGGUGGGUUGGAAAUUAUGUCCAGCGAUCAAAAGAGCUGCCCUGUUUGAAUGGUAUAGAAUCCCUGUGUGCAGAAGCAGGCCAUUCAACCCAUCAACUUCAGACCAACCACCUGAAGAGCAUCCCACCCAGACACAUCCCCUACCCUACCCUAUAACUCUGCAUUUCCCAAGGCUGGCCAACCUAUCCCUGGGCACUAUGGGCAAUUUAGCAUGGCCAGUCCACCUCACCUGCACAUCUUUGGACUGUGGGAGGAAAGCAGAGCACCCAGACACAGGAAGGCUGUGCAAAUUCCAUACAGCAGUUGCCUAAAGAUGGAAUUGAACCCAAGUGCCUGGGGCUGUGAGGCAGCAGUGCUAACCACUAAACCACUGUGCCAUCCCUACAGCAGCUCAAACGUUGCUGAGGUUAAACCUAUUUGGGUGGUGGUGAGUUUAUGAACAUAUGAAAAGGUCAGCCAAGAAAUUGAAACAGAUCUAUCUUUCUAGCCCCGUAUAAUUGUGAUAUUUUCCAGAUCAUGUUGUAAAUACUUCCUAGCCUGUUGGCUUUAACCCCAUAGAUGGCAGAGAUGUUUUGGAGAAAUUAAACUUGACCCAUGUGUAACAGAGAACAAUCAGGCUCACUCUCUCCACACUCUGGGUGUAUGUUUUACUUUUAUCGCCAGCACAUAAAUAACACAUCCAACAGAGUUUUGCAACACAAACAUAUGUCAAGUAAACCCAAGUAUGAUUUGACAAUAGAAGGAAGGUUUGUGAAAUCGAGAACCAGCCAAAACUGGAAGACAAGUCCUGAGAGUUUCAUGAAAUUGCAAAGAUCUUGGUUUUGCAACAUUAUUUUCAUUUAGUUCCUGUCUCAAAGAAUAUACUUCAAAAAGUAGUUGCAUUAAGACCUAGUUUUAAAAAGGAUUGCGACUGAUAGAAUACGUAAAGCUAAAUAUUUGUGAAGGUCCUGUGGGACAUGUUGCUUCUGCUUCAUCAGGACAAUGAUAAGGAGGCCAGUUGGUCGACGACGGUGUCACAGGAAAGGCCAGAAUUUGUUGUGCGUUCCUAGUUGUCCUUGAUCUGAUUGGCUGUCUAGGCCAUUUCAGAGAGCAGUUUAGAAUCAACUACAUUGCUGCGAAUCUGAAGGCACAUGCAAGCCAGACAGGUAAGGAUUACAGUUCACUUUCCUAAAGGAUAUUAGUGAAGCAGAGGUUUUAUUUUAAAGAAAACAACUGACAAUGGUCAAAUGUUCCCCAUUAGGCUUGCUUUUUUUUUUAAAUUCCACAUUUUACUGAAUUGAAAUUUGACCAUUUGAGCUGGUGGAAUUUGAAAUCAUGCCCCUAGAUCAUUAGCCUGGGUCUCUGGCUUAUUGGUUCAUUGACAUUACUCCCUCCCUGCAACUUCACUUUUUUCACUAAUUUGUGUUUCAGAUAAAUAUUUACAUCUCAUCAUUUCCAAUUCACAAACUUGUAUUGCAUUAUCCAGGAAACUCCUGAUCCCAGAAGUGGCUUGGUCCCAAACAUUCUGGAGAAAAGUAGUUAAAGUGCGUAGGUUUUAUCCUGAGGUAUCUGAUUGAAUUUACAGACACCCAGGGCAGUAGUAGUGAGAUGCAUAAUUAAAAUGACAACUGAGGGUACUGAAAAGUAUAGUACUAUCCUGUUUGCAUGAUACAGUUAUAACAAUGUGUAGCCACAGGUUGUAGGCUUGAAUCCCAUACUACGACAUGAGUUUAUUAUCUAAGGUGAACACUAGUGCGAUACUGAGGGAAUGCUCACUGUGCACGUCCGUAAUUAUCAUUAAACUUUCCAAUGCACAAUUUGAAGGAGAGCAGCUAGUUCUUCUCAUUUGGCACUGGGGAAAUGUACAUUUGCUACACAUCUGUCUUGUUAUUUGCAAAACAGAACAGCAUUUGUUUGCAUGACAGUGGUUGGAGAGUAAUAUAUCAUAAAAAAUAAUCCGAGUUUUCAUCCAGUGAAGUGUUAAAGUGCCACACAAAUGCAAGAAUGUCUUUCGUUUACUCUGAUCAGUUUAUGAUCAGAAUUGCAUUGUGUGAAGGAAGUGUCGGUUAACAGUUUUGAAACUUCCCUGUGCAGUAGAAGGAAGGUUAGAGGGCAAAGUGUCACUUUGGUGAUCUCUCGUCACCCACAAAGCCACCAUAAAGAGCAUCACCAAUAAUAUCAGAGCACUCGAGCUCUCAGCGAAGCAGUUGGCAAGAACAUUAAAAACACAAAACAAAACGGAAGGAAAAAUCACCCACAUCUCCAUGUCAGAAUAAAUAAAUGUUUAAAACAUUUACAUUGCUGAGAUGCAACUGUUGAACAGGAAUCAAUUAAAAACUCAUGGAGAAGGAAAGCAUGCUCCUGAAAUUCAUUUGCAUAAUUGAGAAUGUGUCAGCACAGCACAUCAAUGUCAUCUGUAUUUGUUAUCACUACAUUCUAUGUGUGAUCUUUCUUAUGUUUGUUAUGUAAAAGUACAGUGUGUAAGACAACCUCUACAUGUUGCUUAGUUCACUGUGAGGGUGAAAGCAGGCAGGGGCACAAGCACACUGAAAACACUGCAAAGUGAUGAACUUGAGAAAGUUGUGACUGUUGUACAAGAAUGUGGUACUUCUUAGUAAUUUAUGAUGCUUUUUUCGUACAUUGUUAAUGGAAUCUUGGUUGAAGGCAAUAUUAAUAAAACAGGGCUUAAUUGUGCAGAAUAAAAGAAAGUUUCUGAAGUGUGACUAAAGGAAAUGGAGGACUUUAACAUCAAAGAAUUUCUAACAUUACACAUACCAGUUCCAGGACAUUACUAACAGAAUAACAGACA